AUGAUAACGAAAUUUAUGACCGAGAUUACGGCCAAGUUCAACCCGUUUUCGGCUUGCGCAAAACCCGCUCGACUGUUCCUUACUUUCCUACCUCCUAAUGCUCGCGCCAGCGGUACAUCGAUAACGACGAGCCUGUUGCCUCGAGAUUCGGCCGAGCCGAGCUCCUUGAAAGUGAAAUUCAAGGACGGCAAAGAGCUAAAUUUUGAUUGCGGCAAGAUCAACAUUAAAGGCGUCGUUGAAGAAGUCGACCGACACUCUCGCAAGUUACAAAAGGCGGCCGACUUGACGGAUUAG